UCUGUAGUCUGCCACUAUAAAGCCUUCCUCGUGGAAGUUUCUGUAGUUGGCAAGGGCUCGAGAGAAGCUGGCAACCCAUGUAGCCGGUCUCUAUUCUGGGACAUAUGCCUGGAUCACCGUGCACAAAGGAUAUUCAGAAGAAUAUCAACGGCUCCACCUCUGCUGCUUCUCCUGUCACCUUCACAGAGCUCCAACUCCUGAUGGCGCACCCUGAGCUGCCGUCUGAGCAGGACAGCUCCCAUGAGGAAAAGAAGGAGAAGGACCCUGUGCAGCCAGGGCCCACAAAGCUGAGGAGGGCCAGGGUUCGCUUCCUCAAGAUAGUCUCCUACUUUGCUGGAGACAUGGAAGUGUUUGCAAAAUGGAUGGAAAAGCAGUUUUUCUUGCUGCAGUUGCUGGACUGGGUUUUACGCGGAGCUGCUCAGGUGAUGUUUGUCAACAACCCCCUGAGUGGCCUCAUCAUUUUUGCCGGCCUCAUCCUGCAGAACUAUUGGUGGGCUCUCAACGGCUUUGUGGGCACACUCUUUGCCACCAUUUCUGCCCUCAUCCUUCAACAGAGCAGGGGUGCAAUAGCUGCAGGGCUGUAUGGUUACAAUGGCAUCCUGGUGGGUCUGCUGAUGGCUGUGUUCUCCAAUGCAGGAAACUGGUACUGGUAUCUCCUGCUGCCCAACAUCUUCAUGUCCAUGAUGUGUCCAAUUGUGUCCAGCGCCCUGGCAUCUAUCAACAGUCGCUGGGAUCUGCCGGUGUUCACUCUGCCCUUCAACAUCCUGGUGUGUCUCCACAUGGUUGCCACCGGACACUUUAACCACCACUUCCCUCAAGUCCUCAUUCAGCCUCGCUCAGAGCUGCCCAACAUCACCUGGGCUGAAAUCGACGUCGCCAAGCUGUUCAUGUCGGUGCCUGUGGGAGUUGGUCAAGUCUACGGCUGUGACAACCCUUGGACAGGAGGAAUCUUCAUCAUCUCACUCUUCAUCUCCUCCCCUAUCACCUGCGCUCAUGCUGUCCUGGGAUCUGCUGUGGGCAUGGUUUCAGGCUUGGCUCUGGCAGCGCCUUUUGGAGACAUUUACUUCGGCCUCUGGGGAUACAAUUGCGUGUUAGCCUGCAUUGCCAUCGGAGGAAUGUUUUACGCUCUUACCUGGCAGGUGCACCUGCUGGCCAUCACAUGUGCUUUUUUCUGUGCAUACCUCGGCUCAGCCAUUGCCAAUAUCAUGUCUGCAUUUGGUCUGCCAGCUUGCACUUGGCCUUUCUGUCUCUCCGCCCUCACUUUCCUCCUCUUAACCACGGGGACCAAGAGGAUCUUCAAGCUGCCGCUGGCCAAAGUCACCUACCCCGAGAAGAACCUGUGCUUCUACUGGAAGAUGAAGAAGCAGGAGAAAAAGGACAAGGCUGAGAAAGAGAGUAAAGAGAAAGAGGAGCAGCAGAAAGCCAUUGAAGAAGAGGUGAUACUGAAUGAGAAAGAGCAACUGAGGCUAGAGCUUGAGAGGAUGGAGGAGGGGAGAGCAGCGAGUGAAGCAUCAGAGGCUGGAAACAACAAAACUCGCGCUGAAGAUGAGGCACCUGGUGUAGAACAGCAGGGAACUGAAGAAGAAAUCAGACAAAAUGAAAUAAUCCAAGUCACUAUUGGUGAGAAUGAGAGUUAGAAUGUCUAAUACUGCAUUUCUGCAGAAAGAGAGAAAGAGAGAGGAAACAUUAGUGGAACACAAAUGUAUGAAAAUGUAAAUAAGUGUAUCUUUAAAUAAUCUUUCAGGGUAUUUGUUGUGAAAAAUAUAUAAGUGCAGCUGAUGGUUUUUACUGGAUACAUUUGAUGAUAUGUAGCAUUUGUUUUCUC